AUGAAAAAUGAAUACCACCCACCUGCUUCCCGAGGCACCUACGCCGAGGCGCAAAAUUACAACAUCACCAUCGAUCGUAAUGAACUUGACCGCAUGAAGUCGCAGUCCAGCUUGGACGAUUAUCUCCUCUACGCUGAGAUACCACCCGAUCGCAUCGACGAGCUCAAGGUUGUGCUAUCAAAACAACGUCUCAACAGUUUUUUUUAUUUCAUCUUCCCAUCAAUAUUGAAUGCCACUCAACUCGUCACAAUGAACAUCUCAUGGGGCUUCGCGAUUGACUUGAUGGUCCAUGCGCGGCGAUAUUACCAACACCUAUUAGAUGAAAAGUUACAGAUAGAUUAUGCGGAUCUUCCCGACAGCAGUGAUCUGCAAAAUGGGUCUACAAAACGAGUGAAGGACGAAGACCUCUCACCAUUACCCCAAGGUGGCUAUGCCGAGGCACAAAAUUACAACAUCGCCCUCGAUAACGAUGAAUUUGACCGGCUCAAGGCGCACUGGAGCUUAGAGAACUAUCUCCUUUUUGCCGGGAUACCCGAGGAUCAUAUACAGACGCUAAAGGCCAUAUUAUUAGAAAACAAUCUUCACAAUUUUCACUAUUUCCUAUUCCCGGAUAUAUUCAAUGUCAAGGAUCUCGUCAAAUUGGGGAUCUCAUGGGGGUUUGCUAUGAAGUUGAUGUUCGCCCCGCGCCGAUAUUACAAACACCUCCUAGACGAGGAGUCACAGAUAUAA